AUGGAUAAUCGUGGCAGACAAGCGCCUGCAAACAAAACUCCUGGAGAACAGAUACAAGAGGAAAUGAAAGAAAGCAAUAAAGUGCCAGUAAAAUUAAACAUUUAUAAGAAAGUGUUUGGUACAGAAUACAAUUUAGCGUUCUAUCACCCCAAGAAGGAUCAAUGUAGCAUUUGUAGCAAUUACAAAAAAGAUAAAACUAAUACAAAUAUUCAAAAUGAGUAUACUCAACAUAUAGAGCGAAAAGAGGCAUCUUAUAGAUCUAAAGAGCUGGAUAAAAAAGAAGUCGGGAGAAGAUGA